AUGCUCGUCACGUUCAUGUGCUUCGGUGUGUUCGGUUGCUCCCUCAACUUCAGCAUCCACUUCUUCCACCACACCUUUGCAGAUAACAUGGAUGUCGCUUACGAUCACAUCCAAGAAGAGGCAUUGUCGCCUGCAGAACGCAAGAAAGCCGAAGAUGCCGCAUCAUCAUCCGCCGACAGCACGGAACAACAACCAGCAAACACUCUGAAUACCGAGUUCCAACAGGCCUUCCAGGCGGUUUCUGCUUCGCCAUGGGGCGCGAAACUCGGUGGAUGGUUUUCGUCAGCCCGGAAGCAGGGCGAAACAUUCUACCAAGAUCUGUCUAAAGAGGCAGCCGAGGCGAGUGAGCAGGCUACCAAAGGCUUCUCGAGCCUCAGGGAACAGGUUGUACAAAGAACUCGGGGCAUGAGCGAUCUGCAAAUUAGCAGAAGCGAUGUUGACGGGCCAAUACCCGGGCAAGAGGAGAUUCCUGGUGUCGCAGCACCGGCGCAGAAGAAAGAGGAGCAGACUGAGGCUGGGGCUGCGAAAGAUGCCGAGACGGAGAAGAAAGAUGGGGAGAACGUACCAGAGAGUCUUCCUGCAGAUAUCGUCAAAGAAGCCGCGAGUCUGGUAUCCAUAUUCCGCACCACAGCAGCGCAGAAGCUCAAAGACCUACAAAAAGCCGAAGAUGCUGCCGACGAGGCUCUGGUCAGAUACGGAACGAACCUGAAGAACUUCCUUCGCGAUGCAGUGACAAUAUCCGCACCCGAGGGCGACGAUCAAGCAACCUCAGAAGUGCUCUUCUCUACUGAAGAAGCUGGCACAGGAAAGAAGGUCUUCCACAGUACUCGUCUUGACGCUCAGCUACAUGCUAUCCACACCUCGGCUGCGUCUUUUACAGAUGAGCCUUCCGGCGUCGAGUGGGAAAGCUACAGAGCAGGAUUCGACGUUGACAGCAAGACGGAUGCGAUCGCGAAAGACUUGGACAAAUACCCAGAGCUUCGAAAAGCAAUGGAGAAGCUCGUGCCAGAGAAAGUCGGCUACAGAGAGUUUUGGAUGCGAUACUAUUAUCUCAGGAAAGCCGUCGAAGCAGAAGAGGCAAGGAGGAAAGAAGUGCUGAAGGGCGCCACCGCUAACCCCGAGGAAGAAGUGAAAUGGGACGACGACGAUGACGACGAGAACGAAAACGACAGAUCCAUAACGCCCAACGCAAACGCUAGCUCAAGCAAACAAGCCAGCGCGUCUACCACAACUCUCAACGCAACAACCGAAAAGUCCGCAUCUGGUAAUGGAGAUGGCUUGCUUAGUCCCACCGAAGCCCGACGAAGUGAAGACGGGAACAAAUCCGUCGCCGAUUCGGACGCAAGCUACGACCUGGUUUCUGGAGCCACGAGUCGUGCGCCGGGAAGUCCAAAGGAUAGGAAGAAGGAUGAGGAUAGCGAUGAUGAUUGGGAGUAGAGAGCCUAAGGCAGGAUACUCAAUCACAGAAUUGUUCCAGGUGUUGGUUUGCUUUUGGCGCCUGGAGGCGUUAUUAUUGGCGAAGAAACUCGAUCGACAGCGUUUACAUUAUGAUACCAUUGCUUUCUCCAGGAAUUGAAGCUGCAGUGACUCUUGACAACACAAUUGAAAGCUCCCAGUUCACGCUGCUCGCGAAAUUGGA